AAAUACAUAUUUGACUCACUACAGACCCGGAGGAGUCGCACUCCAGCUUGGCGUUCAGAGUGGUUCAGACGCUCCCAUCAUUUCCAUUCAGUUUCUUUUGUUUGUAGUUUGUGUGGAGACCCCAGACACUAAGCAGCCAUGGAUGCCAUCAAGAAGAAGAUGCAGAUGCUCAAGCUCGACAAGGAGAACGCCUUGGACAGAGCUGAGCAGGCCGAGUCAGACAAGAAAGCAGCUGAGGACAGAAGCAAACAGCUUGAGGAUGACCUGGUAGCACUGCAGAAGAAGCUGAAGGCAACUGAGGAUGAGUUGGACAAGUACUCUGAGGCCUUGAAGGAUGCCCAGGAGAAACUUGAGCUCGCCGAGAAGAAAGCCACAGAUGCUGAGGGAGAUGUAGCCUCCUUGAACAGACGUAUCCAGCUGGUUGAGGAGGAGUUGGACCGUGCUCAGGAGCGUCUGGCCACAGCUCUUACCAAGCUGGAGGAGGCUGAGAAGGCUGCUGAUGAGAGUGAAAGAGGCAUGAAAGUCAUUGAGAACAGGGCGAUGAAGGACGAGGAGAAGAUGGAACUGCAGGAGAUCCAGCUGAAGGAAGCCAAACACAUCGCUGAGGAGGCUGACCGUAAAUACGAGGAGGUUGCCCGUAAGCUGGUGAUCAUUGAGAGCGACUUGGAACGUACAGAGGAGCGCGCUGAGCUGUCUGAAGGCAAAUGCUCUGAACUUGAGGAGGAGCUGAAAACUGUGCAGAACAACCUGAAGUCUCUGGAGGCUCAGGCAGAGAAGUACUCGCAAAAGGAAGACAAGUAUGAGGAGGAGAUCAAGGUUCUCACAGACAAGCUCAAGGAGGCUGAGACCCGUGCUGAGUUUGCUGAGAGAUCAGUCGCCAAGCUUGAGAAGACCAUUGAUGACCUUGAGGCUAAACUCUUUCACCUUUCACGUCAGAAGCUGGUUGUGUGUCAUCAUUUCACUCCUGUGCAGCACAGCCCAUCUUUCGGUGUCCUUUGUGUCUGUAUUUCUUUACCGCCCUGCCACUCCUGCACAUUGGGCCGUCGCUGUCAGCACACACUGUUCCAUCACUCAUGCAGACUUUUAAACCGUUCUGCUUUCUGUAAAAUAAACAUUAUUCCAUCUGUGUCAGCCCUUCCCCUUUCUCUUGCAAUGUUUCUUUCUUUGCAUUUGUCCAAUUGCUUUUUUUUUCAUUUGUCUUUUGUGUUUUAAUUUAUUUUUGAGUAGCUUUUGAAUAAAAUCUGGAGCUCCUCUCCCAUUUUA